AUGUUGCCUUGGACUUAUCGCAAUCUCGAAGAGGUUUAUUUGAUUUUUGAGUCCAAUCAAUCGAGCCUCCAACAAAUGCCGAACCCCGCUUCGAUCCCUGCAACACAGCAAUCUGGGAUGGAGACGAUUUUGUUCCGACUAGAUCUAGGGAUGGAUCACUGUUUCGCAUGCAAUUGUGCAGAGAGAAGGGGUGGCUUGAUUCUGUUCUGGAAGGAUGGGUCUACCUUUCAAAGUUCCUUUUUCUCGCUAUUUUUAGAUCUAGGGUGGGCUUUGCUGUCCGGUGAGCAGUGGUGCCGAGAGAAGCCAUCUCACAUUGAUGUCGUAAUAGUAGAUCCGGGUGGAUGUCAAUGGCCAUUAACAGCGCUUUCUGACCAACCUGAGAUGGAUUCCCCUCUGCUUUGGCUGUUUUUAGGCGCCAUCAAUGUUACCUUGAGCAAAUCGGAAAAGGACAGGGGCAUUCUCUUCUCCCGGUUGGGUUCUGCCCAGGGGGAUGUAAGUGGGUUUUGGUAUGGAAGGUCAAAUUUCCAUGCUGUGAAGGAUCCUGAUGGUGUUCUGCAAGGGCAGUAUGGCCCUCUUGCUGGUAAAGGGGCUCUAGAUCCCUUAUUAACCGAUGAUAGCCCAGGAUUGUUGAGGAGUGGAACAGAUGGGCACAUGUUUGGGUACACUUGCAGUCGAAUAGGUGGAGUGGUGGUGUUCCGAGGGAAGACACAGGAGAUGCGGCGGAUGUUGGGGAUGCCAUUGAUGGCUGACCACGGCGUUGAAGGUGUUGCACAUGUCUAGGACCAUUUCCGGUGUUAAAAAACCUUGUAGGGAUAACGGAGACUGUUAUAUAUAUACUUCAUUUUUUUUUUCUUAAUGUUUAGUAAACCCUCGAUGAUUUC